AUGGCCGACAUAGGCCCCUCGGUGUACAUGACUGUGGAGCUGGCCAUUGCCGUGCUGGCCAUCUUGGGCAAUGUGCUGGUGUGCUGGGCCGUGUGGCUCAACAGCAACUUGCAGAACGUCACCAACUACUUCGUGGUGUCGCUGGCCGCGGCUGACAUUGCAGUGGGGGUGCUGGCCAUCCCAUUCGCCAUCACCAUCAGCAUGGGCUUCUGUGCCGCCUGCCACGGCUGCCUCUUCAUUGCCUGCUUCGUGCUGGUCCUCACACAGAGCUCCAUCUUCAGCCUCCUGGCCAUUGCCAUUGACCGCUACAUUGCCAUCCGGAUCCCACUCCGGUACAACGGGCUGGUGACCGGCACACGGGCCAAGGGCAUCAUCGCAGUGUGCUGGGUGCUGUCCUUCGUCAUCGGACUGACCCCGAUGCUCGGUUGGAACAAAUGCGGCCAGAAGGCGAGCAACCAGAGCUGCAGCGCGGUGGGCCAGGUGACCUGCCUGUUCGAGGACGUGGUGCCCAUGAACUACAUGGUCUACUACAACUUCCUGGCCUGCGUGCUGGUGCCGCUGCUGGCCAUGCUGGGCAUCUACCUGCGCAUCUUCCUGGCGGCGCGGCGGCAGCUGAAGCAGAUGGAGAGCCAGCCGGCACCAGGCGAGCGCACGCGCUCCACGCUGCAGAAGGAGGUGCACGCCGCCAAGUCGCUGGCCAUCAUCGUGGGGCUCUUCGCGCUGUGCUGGCUGCCGCUGCACGUCAUCAACUGCUUCACCUUCUUCUGCCCGCAGCUGGACCACGCGCCGCCCUGGCUCAUGUACCUGGCCAUCAUCCUGUCCCACUCCAACUCCGUGGUCAACCCCUUCAUCUACGCCUACCGGAUCCGCGAGUUCCGCCAGACCUUCCGCCGCAUCAUCCACACCCACGUGCUGCGGCGCCAGGACCCCUUCAAGGCGGGGGGCCCUAGUGCGCGGGCCCCGCACAGCAGCGACAGCGAGGUCAGUCUGCGCCUCACUGGCCACUCCCACAGCUGGGCCAACGGCAGCGCUUCCCGGCACGAGCAGCGCCCCAACGGCUAUGCCCUGGGGCUGGUGAGCACAGAGGAUGUUUCCACACCCCACGGGGAGGGCGAUGGUGGCCUUCCAGGUGCACACCCCGAGUCUCUCGUCCUAGUGGCCCCGGGACAGGACAAAGCGGGGGUGUCCUGA